ACAAGCAUAUUAAUACAUACAUAUAUAUACAUACAAGCUCAUAUUUCAAACAUAUAUAAUCGUCAAGGCUCCAUUUGGAUUCUAUUUUGUGUAUGGCCGAAGUUCAGAGCAUCCAUAUUCCUCUUGUGAAACUUGGUAACCAAGGCCUUGAGGUUUCGAAGUUGGGAUUUGGAUGUAUGAACCUUACAGGAGCCUACGCUGCUGGUGUUUCUCAAGAGGAAGGCAUUUCUAUUAUUAAGCAUGCUUUUAAUAAGGGAAUCACCUUCUUUGAUACUUCUGAUAUUUAUGGACUCAAUGCUAAUGAAAUUUUGGUCGGAAAGGUUUUAAAGCAACUCCCUAGAAAAAAGAUCCAGAUAGCUACAAAGUUUGGUAUUGAAAAGUUAGAUAUUAAUACUUUAAACAUGAAGAUCAAUGGUACACCAAGCUAUGUACGGUCAUGUUGCGAAGCUAGUUUGAAACGUCUUGGAGUUGAAUACAUCGAUCUCUAUUAUCAGCAUAGAGUGGACACAACAGUUCCUAUAGAAGAUACAAUGGGUGAACUUAAGAAAUUGGUGGAAGAAGGAAAAGUUAAAUACAUUGGAUUAUCCGAAGCUAGCUCGGAUACAAUAAGAAGAGCACAUGCAGUUCAUCCAAUUACUGCUGUACAACUUGAAUGGUCACUUUGGACUCGUGAUGUUGAAGAAGAGAUAAUUCCUCUUUGCAGAGAGCUUGGUAUUGGAAUUGUACCAUACAGUCCUCUUGGUCGUGGCUUUUUUGGUGGCAAAGGAGUUGUGGAAAACCUUCCAGCUGAUAGUGUUUUGAAUGCUCAUCCUCGCUACCAAGCACAGAACUUGGAGAAGAACAAGAAGAUAUAUGAGCGAAUAGAAAGCCUUGCUAAGAAGCACCAAUGCAGCCCUGUCCAAUUGGCAUUAGCGUGGAUUCUCCAACAAGGCAAUGAUGUUGCGCCUAUCCCUGGAACAACCAAGAUUAAAAAUCUGGAUCAAAACGUUGGUGCCUUAGCAGUGAGACUUGAAGAAAGGGUCUUAAAAGAAAUUUCCGAUGCAGUUCCAAUUGAGGAUGUAGCAGGUACUCGUCACUUUAGUGAAACUCAUGGAAAAGCUACAUGGAAGUUUUCUAACACUCCACCAAAAGAUUCAAGUAUCUCAGCUUGAAGAACUAGAAGUCCUCUAUAUUUGAACAAUAGGGCACAAGUUUAUGAAUUGAAGACAAUUCUGUGUAAGCGUAUGUGCUGCAUACUUUAUAAAACUACAGUAUGGGAUACUCCUAAACUUGUAUGAAUAAAAUAAAAUAAAAUGAGUUAAGUUUAUUUUAGGUGAAAACUCAGGUGCAGUCGACUUCAUGUAAAGUUGAUAGUUGAGAGUCGUUAGAUAAAAAUCUAGUCAAAUCAGUUCAAUCAUCUAAUAGCUCUCAAUUAUCAACUUAACGUGAAGUCGACUGCACCCAAGUUUUCACCUUUAUUUUAGCAUGCUUGGAAUUCCAAUUAAUACUGUAAAUUUAUGAUUUA